AUGCCAAAUUAUGCCAAAUUCUUGAAGGACAUCAUUUCCAAGAAGAGGAGGUUGGAGGAAUUCGAAACAGUGAAGUUUUCUGAAGAAUGUAGUGCCAUUCUUCAAAAGAAAUUACCUCCAAAAUUAAAAGAUUCGGGGAGUUUCACUUUGCCUUGCACUAUUGGAGAUUCAUUUUUUGAUAAAGUUUUAUGUGAUCUUGGUGCUAGCAUUAAUCUUACGCCACUUUCUGUUUACAGGAAAUUGGGACUUGGAGAGAUGAAACAAACAACCAUUUCUUUGCAACUAGCAGACCGAUCCAUCAAAUAUCCACGUGGAAUCAUAGAAGAUGUAUUGGUAAAGGUGGAUAAAUUUAUUUUUCCUGCUGAUUUUGUGGUAUUAGAUAUGGAGGAAGACCAAGAAGUCCCACUAAUUCUUGGCCGACCAUUCUUGGCUACGGGAAGGGCUUUGAUUGAUGUUCAAAAGGGUGAGUUAACAUUGAGAGUGAACAAGGAAGAGGUUAUGUUCAACAUCUAUCAAGCCAUGAGAUUUCUAGAAGAUCCAAGCACUUGUUUUCGGGUAGAUGUCAUUGAGCAAUGUGUAGUAGAAGCCUUUCAAGAAGAUGUGCCAGCAGAUCACCUAGAACGAUGUAUCAUCACUUCAUCUCAUGCUCAUGACUUUAAUAACUCUGCUGUUUGUGAAUCUGAUUUACCUUUUGUUAGUGAAGAAUUUCUCCACUAUGUAUUUGCCUUGGAAGUAUUGCAACAGGUUACAUCACUUAGCAAUGAAGUGGAGAGGCUAGAGCCAAUGGUAGCAAAAACAAAUUUUGUAAUUUCUACAGAAAAAGUGUAG